GCAUCUGAGUCACACACCUGCAGGAAGAGUAGGGGACCUGGUGGCAGUGCACUGAGGCAGUGUCUCACAGAGUGAGGCAGGCAACAUGGAAACCACCCCAAGUUUCACCACAGGUCUUCCAGCCAGAGAUGACUCCAUCCCCAUCAAUAAUGCGGCUGAUAUCUCUGUGAUUGUGAUAUAUUUUUUGGUGGUGCUGGCUGUGGGAAUAUGGGCUAUGGUAAGGACAAGCCGUGGUACAGUAGGAGGCUUCUUUCUCGCAGGGCGCAGUAUGGUGUGGUGGCCGAUUGGAGCAUCUCUUUUUGCCAGUAACAUUGGAAGUGGCCACUUUGUUGGCCUGGCGGGCACAGCAGCUGCUGGUGGGAUUGUCAUUGGAGGCUUCGAAUGGAAUGCAUUGAUCAUUGUGGUCCUUCUUGGAUGGAUCUUUGUACCAAUCUACGUGAAAGCUGGGGUAGUGACUAUGCCAGAGUACCUACGAAAACGUUUUGGAGGAGAUCGGAUUCGAGUUUACCUCUCUGUUCUUUCCCUACUUCUUUAUGUGUUCACCAAGAUCUCUGCAGACAUGUUCUCAGGAGCCAUUUUCAUCCAACAAGCUAUGAGAAUCAAUAUCUAUAUAGCCAUUGUGAUGCUGCUGUUGAUCACAGCUUUGUACACUGUUACAGGUGGUCUGGCUGCUGUCAUUUACACAGAUACUCUACAAACCAUCAUCAUGCUGGUGGGAUCAUUUAUACUCAUGGGCUUUGCUUUCAAUAAAGUUGGCGGAUAUGAAGCAUUUAUGGAAAAAUAUAAGAUGGCUAUUCCUACCGAAAUAGAUGAUAAUGGCACUUUGAUUAAUCCAAAAUGCUAUACUCCACGAGAGGAUGCAUUCCACAUUUUCCGAGAUCCCAUAACCGGAGAUAUGCCAUGGCCUGGCCUUAUCUUUGGUCUCACCAUCCUGGCUCUUUGGUACUGGUGCACUGAUCAGGUAAUUGUUCAACGAUGUCUCUCUGCCAAGAACAUGUCCCAUGUGAAGGCUGGCUGUAUCCUGUGUGGAUAUCUUAAAUUGCUGCCCAUGUUUCUGAUGGUGUUUCCGGGAAUGAUCAGCCGCAUUUUGUACACAAGUAAUUACCCAAGAGCUUUGCAAAAAAAUUCUACUUUUAUUGUCAAACUGUCAGUCAUUUCUGAUGUCUUUGGUUUCUUUUUUGUAGAUGAAGUUGCUUGUGUGGUACCUUCUAAAUGUAAAUACUAUUGCGACACAGAAGUUGGUUGUACUAAUAUCGCUUAUCCAAAAAUGGUGAUUGAUUUGAUGCCAGAUGGACUUCGAGGUUUGAUGUUGUCAGUGAUGUUGGCGUCUCUUAUGAGUUCCUUAACAUCCAUCUUUAACAGUGCUAGUACCCUAUUUACUAUGGACAUAUACACCAAGAUCCGUAAGAGGGCAUCAGAGAAGGAGCUGAUGAUAGUAGGCAGGGUCUUCAUGCUGUUCCUGAUUGGAGUGAGCAUUGCCUGGGUUCCUAUUCUGCAGUCUGCACAAAGUGGACAACUGUUUGAUUAUAUUCAGUCUAUCACUAGUUACUUAGGACCACCCAUCGCCUCUGUCUUCUUUUUGGCUAUCUUCGUGAAGAGAGUUAAUGAGCCGGGAGCUUUCUGGGGAUUAAUAAUUGGACUAUUAAUUGGUCUGUCACGGAUGAUCGCAGAAUUUGCUUAUGGCACUGGAAGUUGUGUGAAGCCCAGCAACUGCCCAAAAAUCAUUUGCGGUGUGCAUUAUCUAUAUUUUGCAAUGAUCCUCUUUACAGCAACCACUAUCAUUGUAUUGGCUGUGUCCUUCAUGACUAAGCCCAUCCCUGACAUACAUCUUCACCGUCUGUGUUGGUCCUUGAGAAAUAGUAAAGAGGAGAGAGAAGACCUGGAUGCUAAUGAUUGGAUUAAUGAAGAGGAUGAUGAAGAUGAUGACUUUGAGGAAGUCAAAAAACAGAAUUUCUUUAAGAAAGCCUACAACUGGUUCUGCGGUUUCGACAGCAAGAAAGCACCAAAACUUAGCGAAGAAGAGAAGGCGGCCUUGGAAUCCAAGAUGACAGACACCUCAGAAACGCCCCUCUGGAGGAAUGUGGUCAAUAUCAACGCCAUCAUCCUGCUGGCUGUGGCUGUUUUCUGCCAUGGGUACUUUGCUUAGAUGUGAUGCGUUAUUAACAGACAUUGUUGAUGCCAUCCAAUUCCACAUCAGAUCAAAGAUUAGAUGGUUGACUCUGUGACAUGUUUUAUUCAUGUGAGAGCACUUGUAAAAAGAAAGGAAAAUUGGACGUUCAAUUGAUUAACCUGUAGAAACUACCCUGUGGCUAACAGACCAAUAAGCAUUAUAACAUCACGCAUCAGGGCAAAGAAGGAAAGGUCCUAGAAAUGAGCUGGUAAUGAACCAUAAGUAUUGCAUUGACCUGCAAUGCAUGGGUAAUGCAGAAUGACUACAAUAGUUUGUGCUAUACAUAUUGUCGGCAGGUGGAAAGAAUGGAUACCACUGUGCCCUCUAGUUUCUAGGUAGAAGAUUUAUUGUAUUUUAAUAAAUAAUAAAACUAUUUCAAGAAAAAAUUUUAGAUCCUUGUUUUGUUUUGAAAAGUGACCAAUUUCAUCAACCUUUUAUGAUUAUC